GCUCAAGCUGAUAUCCACACUCCCUCCCUGGAUUAUCCUUCUUGGAUUAAGAAUUAAAUAUGAAGAAGUUCAGUUUUCGUCUGUUUGUACUGCUGUGCCUCUGCAUGGCUUUACACUACACUGUUCAGCUUGACAGCAGUGCUUUCAUCAUCUACAACGAGGCUCACAACAAGUGCACGCGGGCGGCGGAGGGGAACGCGGUGCAGGCUGGCGACUGCGACCCCACGGCAGAGACGCAGCACUUCCGCUGGAUCUCCUCGUCGCGCCUGAUCAGUGUCUCGCACAAGCUGUGUCUUGGGGCGCAGGACCUGAAGGAGUGGGUGCGUGUGGUCCUGGUCCCCUGCAAUGAGCUCAGCCCCACACAGAUGUGGGAGUGCAAGAACGAGACACUGUUCGGCCUGAAGGGCCAGCCUCUGCACUUCAACUAUGGCAACCGUCAUGAGCCCAACGUGCUGCUGUACACAGGCACGGGAUCAUGGAGCCGCUGGCAGAUCUACGGGACCAAGGAGAACCUGUGCUCUCACGGAUAUGAAGAGCUAUUUACCAUUGGGGGCAAUUCGUUUGGCAGCCCGUGCCAUUUCCCUUUUAAGUUUGGGGAGAAGUGGUAUGCUGAGUGCACCUUGGAAGGUCGAUCUGACGGGCACCUAUGGUGCUCCACAGAGUCGGACUACAGCAAGGAUAAUAAAUGGGGUUUCUGUCCCACUAAAUCUAUGUCAGGUUGGGACACUGAUCCAGUCACUGGUGUGCUGUACCAGAGGAACACUCAGUCAGUACUGACCUGGCACCAGGCACGCAAGAGCUGCCAGCAGCAAAGCGCUGACCUGCUCAGCAUUGUUGAGCUGCAUGAACAGACCUACAUCUCAGGUUUAACCAACAUUCUUGGCUCUUCUCUGUGGAUUGGACUAAAUAGUCUGGACUUUGAUAGUGGCUGGCAAUGGAGCAAUGGAAAUCCCUUCAGAUAUCUGAACUGGGCUCCAGGCCACCCCUCGCUGGAGCCUGGACUGAACUGUGCAGCACUGAAUGCUGGGAAGGCGUCCAAAUGGGAGAGCAUGGCAUGUAGUAAGAAACUGGGCUACAUCUGCCGCAAGGGGAAUUCCACUGCCAUUAUACCUUCAACAGGUAAGGACCAGCUUAGUUUCUGCCCAGCUGGCUGGGUGCCAUAUGCAAGCCACUGCUACUCUCUCCAGCGUAGUAAGAUGAUGUGGAAAGACGCCCUGGCAGCCUGUCAUAAAGAAGGAGCAGACCUGGCCAGCAUUCACAACAUAGAAGAGUACAGCUUUCUCAUAUCGCAGAGUGGAUACUCACCCAAUGAUGAGCUAUGGAUAGGCCUAAAUGAUCAGAAGACUCAGAAUUUGUUUGAAUGGUCAGACAGAACCCACGUUACCUUUGCCAUGUGGGUGGUGGGAGAACCUUCACAUGCAGUGAACCACAGGGAGGACUGUGUUCUCAUGAAAGGAAAGGAGGGGAAGUGGGCAGACCAUAUGUGUGAGAAAGAGCAUGGGUACAUCUGUAAGAAGAAAGCCUCCAGCAAACCUGCGGGAUCACCCGAGUUGGUCAGUCCAGGAUGUCCCACUGGUUGGAUCAGAUUUAGCUCUUUCUGUUACAGCAUUGCUGUAGAAGCCAAAACUUUCAAUGAGUCCAAAUCUUCAUGUGGUCAGAAGAAAGCUGACCUAGUGCAGGUUAAUGACAGGUAUGAGAAUGCUUUUAUGAUCAGUCAAGUUGGCCUACGACCUGAAAAAUAUUUCUGGAUUGGUCUGUCAAAUAAUGAACGAGCUGAACGCUUCGAGUGGACAAAUAAGGAAACAGUCAAAUUUACACACUUUAACGUAGGAAUGCCAGAUAAGCACCGGGGUUGUGUUGCCAUGCUAACUGGGAUCUCAGCAGGAUUAUGGGAUGUAAUUUCCUGUGAUCAGAAGCAGAAGUACAUCUGUAAGAAAAUAGCAGAAGGUGUUACUACCACUAACGUGCCACCUACGACACAGCCUCUCAGCUGCCCUUCCAAAUGGAUCAAAAAAGAUUCUGCCAAUUGCAUUCGGGAAUAUAACAAUAAAAUUGACAAUAAGAAAACAUGGAAUGAAGCCCGUGAUUACUGCAGAGCCAUUGGUGGUGACCUUGCAAGCUUCCACUCUCAAAGUGAAAGUGACUCUCUUCCGUAUAAGUCAAACAGUGACCCAGCAUGGAUUGGGUUUUCCUCUCUGGAUGCUAAUAUUGGCUUUGUGUGGACAGAUGGAACUCCAUCGGACUAUGAAAACUGGGGCUUUGGUGAACCCAAUAAUUACAAUGAUAAUGAGCAUUGUGCAGAAGUUACCUUAUUCUAUGGCCAAAGAUGGAAUGAUAGGGACUGUGAAGCCUUCAAUGACUGGAUCUGCCAGAUACGAUUGGGUACAACUCCCAAACCAUCACCUACAAGUACCCCCCAAGCAGAUUUUAACAUAACUGCUGAUGGCUGGAUCGAGUUCAGUGGUUAUCAGUACUUCAUCAAUAAAAAUGCCCUAUCAAUGGAAGAUGCUCGUGACUUUUGCAAGAAGAACCACUCUGACCUCAUUGUCAUUACUGGCCAAACUGAGAGGAGGUUUAUUUGGAAACAGAUUUCAAGGAGCUUAGAGAAUCAGUACUAUAUCGGAAUGACAGUUGGACUGGAUAAAUCUUUUAGUUGGUUAGAUGGGUCCCCAGUUGUCUUUACAGCAUGGAACCAAAAUGAACCAAACUUUGCCAACAACGAUGAGAACUGUGUAACCAUUUACAAGGAUAUGGGCUUCUGGAACGAUAUUAACUGUGGAGUACAAUUACCCUCUAUCUGUAAAAGAAGCAUUAAUUUCACCCCCAAUACAAUGGCACCUGUAACUGCACCAACAGGAGGUUGUGCUCCUGAAUGGAUCUCCUUCCAGGGAAAAUGUUAUAAAUUUUUAGGGAAAGAUAAUGAGAAAACAUGGCAUGAUGCUAGGCAAUUCUGCAUCUCUCAAGGAGGUAACUUGGUUUCCAUUGGGAGUCAAGCAGAACAAGCAUUCCUCACUACCAUGAUGUUCACUACAUAUGAUGACAUGUGGAUUGGCUUGAAUGAUGUCAACUGGGAGAUGCGCUUCCUGUGGACAGAUGGCAAAGGUGUCCAGUUCACCAAUUGGGCCAAAGGUCAUCCAGUGUCAGUCCCAUAUGGCCGCACAGUAUUUGGAUCAAAUUUUGACUGUGUCAUUAUGGUGAGGAAGACAAACAGGAUCACUGGCAUGUGGAAGGUUGAAGACUGCAAUGAGAAGAGAGGUUUCAUCUGCAAGAGGAACAUUGACUCUCAAAUCCAAGUUCCAGUGACAUCGGCAUCACCACAGGCAUAUUUUGCGCUGGGAAACAACUCAUACAAGCUACAGACGGAGAAGAUGAACUGGGACGAGGCCAGGAGGCAGUGCAGGGCGGACGAUGCUGACUUGGCCAGUGUUCUGGACUCCAUCACCCAGGCUUUAACAAUUCUCAGGAUUGACAGAUCCAAACAGCCUACGUGGAUCGGCCUCAACAGCUUCUUGACAGAGGGGCAGUACCACUGGGUCGACAACUGGAUGCUGAGCUAUGUUAACUGGGGAAAGGGAGAGCCGAGUCAGAACAAGGCCUGCGUGUAUAUCGACACGGAUGGAUACUGGAAAACAGCAAACUGCAGCAAUACCUACUACUCUCUCUGCAAGCGUUCCCCAGAUGUUGCCCCCUCUGAGCCUCCUCAGCUCCCUGGAAACUGCCCUGAACCAAAGCGACACAAGACCUGGAUCCCAUUCCGAGGACACUGCUAUGCUUUCAUGGCCUCCAGGAGGGAGAACUGGGCCCACGCUACAGUAGAAUGUAUUAGAAUGGGUGCAUCACUGGUGAGUGUGGAGAAUGGGUUAGAAUCCCAGUUCAUACACAAGAACCUCGAGAUCCUCCAGGACGAGGCCCCUUCUUUCUGGAUUGGCAUGCACCGAAGCCAUGAAGGCAACUGGAUGUGGAUUGAUAAUGCAGUAGUGGACUACACUAGCUGGGGACCACGGAUGCCAGGUAGCCAUGGUGACUGCAUUGAUGUAAGAGCAGACACUGGCUUAUGGUUUACUUCACCAUGCAGUAACUACAGGUCCUUCAUAUGCAAAACUGCCAAAGUUAUACCACCAACAGAGAAGCAGCCAGAUCCUGCGUUAUCAGUGCAUGAGGCCCCUCAUGGAUACCUUUGGCAUCACUAUAGCAGUUGUCCUCGUGAUAACUGCCGUGGCAGGGCUGGCUGCCUUCCUGUUUUUUAAGAGGGCCUCCAUACCUGUGAUUGGAGAGUGUACAUUUGACAACACACUCUACAUCAACAGCCCUGAUCGAUCUAUAACCACCGUGGAUA